UCUACGUUUUGUGAUUUUAGCUAAGGUAAACACGAACCGACAAGUGCAUAAAAUACUCGAUGUUUUCUGUUAUUUCAAGAAUGAAAGGCCAUUUCAUCAACAUGGUAUCUUAUUAGAACAGUACUUUUCCAAAAUGAUCAACAAAUUUGAUUGAGAUCUAGAUAAUUAAAAAGCAAGUUAGAAUGAUAUCCAAAAGAUAUGACCACCUCCUGCGACUCUUGCUGGUCGGUGAAACUGGAGUUGGUAAAACAUGCCUACUGUGUAGGUUUGCAACAGAUGAUUUUAUGGAAUCUCAUAUUUCUACAAUAGGUAUAGAUUUUAAAAUGAAGACCAUUGAUUUAGAUGGAAAGGUAGUCAAGGUUCAGAUUUGGGAUACAGCAGGUCAGGAGAGGUUUGAGGCAAUCACUAAACAGUUCUAUAGAAGAGCACAGGGUAUUUUAUUAGUGUUUGAUAUAUGCAAUAGAAAAUCUUAUGAAGCAAUACCAAAAUGGCUUGAGAAUGUUAGACAGUUUUGUAAAGAGAAUGUUGUAGUAACUUUGAUUGGUAACAAAAGUGAUAGAGUAGAUGUCAGGCAGGUGACAGUACUAGAAGCACAAACUUUUGCUGAUGAAAAUAAUAUUAAUUUCUUUGAAGUCAGUGCCAAGCAUAAGAACAAUGUUGAAAAGCCUUUCCGUGAUAUUGUGUCAUGA